UGUAGAGUGGCCUAAGUUGCGAAUGGGGAGGAACAACGUGUGCGGUGGCUCCUUCCAGUCACCGAUUAAUAUCACGACAAAUGCAACCAUCUUCGACUCUUCCCUGGGCCCGGUCAAGUACACCAAUUACAGUGAACCUAUGGGGAAUGCCGUCUUUGAAAACAACGGGCACACAGUGACGUUGACCCCAGCGAAAGCAAGCAAAGCCACCGUCAGUAUAGACGGGUUGCCCAGCACCUACAAUUUCAAGCAAUUGCACUUCCACUGGGGAGACAAGUCCACAGAGGGCAGUGAACAUCAUGUUGAUGGCAAAUCAUACGCCAUGGAGAUGCACCUGGUACAUAUCAACACUGAAUAUGGCAGUGCCAGAGAGGCUUACAAACACCCUGACGGCCUCCUAGUUGUCGGUGUUCUCUUCAAGGUCGAUGGGCGUGAAAACUGGGCACUGAGGAGCGUUGUAACAGCACUGCGUCAGAUGAAUAAGCGAGCUGCAAGGCGAGUGAGAGUGCGUCACCUCGCAUCACUGGUGGACCUUCUCCCGCUGAACCCAUCGCUGUCCUAUCUAUAUCGAGGGUCCCUCACGACACCGCCAUGCUCCGAGGCAGUCAUCUGGGCAGUGCUAAAGAACGAGGAGAAAAUAGGCGAAUCACAGCUGGAAGUCUUCCGCCACCUAGAAGCCGAACGUAACCGUCAGAACCGUACGGUGCACCUGGUGAACAACCUUCGGCCUAGCAUGCCACUAAAUGGACGACACGUCUACAGGAACUUUCCGUAAUAUUCAGGCGAGGUACAACACUACGUUGGUACCACGCGGUCAUCGUUAUC